AUGACCAGCAACAGCAUGACCCGCAGCAGGAGCAGCAGCAUAACCAGCAGCAUGACCAGCAGCAUAACCAGCAGCAUGACCAGCAGCAUAACCAGCAGCAUGACCAGCAGCAGGAGCAGGAGCAUGAGCCGCAGCAGCGGCACCCAGCAUGAGCAGCAUGAGCAGCAGCAUAAUUGGCACCAGUACCCACGUCUACCAGGGAUACAGCGUGAUGAUACUUCUUCUUCUUUGCUGUUGGAGCAGCAAAAGCAGCAGCAGCAGUUGAAGCCCUCACAGCAGCUGGCGCAGCAGCAAGAAUCCUCAUCGUUGUAUUCAAGGCAGACAUUCCAGUCGCAGUCGAAGAAGCAACGUGGUGCAAAACGCAAACAGCAGCACCCUAGUGGAACGCAGCAGCAGCAGCAACAGCAACAGCAACAGCAGCAGCCGAAGAAGAAGCGUCUCCAGCAGCACAUGCUUUUGGGAGGUAUAACGGAGCACCAGCAGCAGCAGCAGGAGGAGGAGGACGAACAGCGGGGGCAGCAACAGCAGCUACAGGAGCAGGAAGGCGUUGACAACGACUCCACACAAAAAGUUGGAGGAGCUUCCUUUCCAUCUGUUAGUAGUAUUAUCACUACUACCACUGCUGGUAGUAGUAGUAGUAGUGCUACUACUACUACUACUCUUGCUGGUAGUAGUGCUAAAACUACUACUACUACUACUGCUGGUAGUACUGCUGAUACUACUACUCUUGCUGGUAUUACGGCUACUACUACUACUACUAGUAUUACUGCUGGUAGUAGUUCUACUACUGCUACUGCUGAUAGUAGUAGUAGUACGACUACCACUACUAUAACUACUGCUAGUACCACUGCUGCUGCUGCUACUGCAGAUGAAGUUAUAGCAGUAGAUAAUAGAAGGACGGCAGACGCACGAGCCGUAGCAAUGCAAAGAGAAGUCGAACAUGUUUCUAUGGAAGCAGGUGCACCACCGACCACCGCAGCAGCAGCAGACGCACACGUACCAGGGCGUCUGUCUAUUAGUAUUGAUACCGAUAGCGACACACAUUCGAGGGUGUCUACGUCCGCUGAAACAACAAGUACGUCAACUGCAACGGCGAUACGGUCGCUCACGUGUGAUAUGCAGACAGUCAUUGUGCUACUUCUCCAUCAGCAGCACGGGUAG